AUGAUUCGUACCUCCAGGCCGCCCUCUGUUCACAGCACCACCACCGACUCGGGUGACCCGUUUUCUGCCAUCCUGCGCCCCCCAGCCAGCGAAUCGGAGCGCGACAAAUUAACCCGCAUCCAGAGGGAGGCUGACGCGAAGCGGAUCAGCGACAGUAUCGACGAAGAGAUCCGAGCAGACGAGAAACGGUACAGGAAGAACAAGCAGGAUGUCAAGCUCCUGUUACUCGGUCAAGCAGAGUCGGGAAAAUCGACGCUGCAAAAGCAGUUCCAGCUCAUCUACAAUCCAAACUCCCUUGACGAAGAGCGGCAUUCCUGGCGUGUCGUCAUCUUUUACAACAUCGUGCGGCCUGUGCUACGUAUUCUCGAGGCGCUUGACUUAUAUGGCGAGAAUGAUGAUGAUGACGACGCCGGCACCGAAAGGACUGCAAGAACAGCGAACAGCGCGUUUGCGCAGUCGUCACCAUCGCCUUCGCCGUCCGUAGACCAACGACUAUCCUCUCUCCGUGACCGCCUCACUCCACUGGCUUCGAUCGAGUCUGCACUAGCGGAGCGGCUAUCGGGCGGCAUCGCCGUAUCCGGCUCAGGUAAAGGAAGUGUGUUUGUGCGCUCGGGUUGGCAAGCACGCACGUUUGGCAUCUCAUUUGGCAAAGCACGCGAACGCACGAGCAGCGUCAAGGGGCGUUUUAGCUUUACUGGGCAGCGGAGCGCGCUGGAGAACGCGCCGGAGGGUGGUAGAGAGGACGUACAGGAGAACCCCAAUUACAGCACGACUGAACUACCAGAGACGGAGAGAGACCAACUUGUGGAAAACGCUGCUGAGAUGCUCAGCUCGUGCAAAUACGAUGUACGUGAGCUGUGGGAGCAUCCUGUUGUGAAGAGAUUGCGCGAGAACCGCAGGCUGAGACUAGAGGAGUGGGCAGAAUAUUUCCUCAGCAACAUUGAUCGUGUUUCUUCUCAGGACUACAUCCCGACAAUCGAUGAUAUUCUUCACGCGCGCAUCCAGACCAUGGGCGUCGCCGAACAUAUUUUUGAGGUGCCUCUUCAUGGCCGGAUGGUCACUUGGCAUCUCUUUGACGUGGGCGGCGCUCGAGGUCAGAGACAUACAUGGGUACCAUAUUUUGAUGAUACGACGGCCAUAAUCUUCUUGGCGCCUGUCAGCGCGUUCGACCAGUACCUAAGUGAGGAUCCAAAAACCAACCGAGUGGACGAUUCCUUGCAGCUGUUCAAGCAGAUUUGCUCCAAUCAGCUAUUGAAAAAAGCGCAUCUUGUUCUUUUCCUCAAUAAGCUAGACAUCUUAGCCACCAAACUCACUAGGGGGAUUAAGGUUAAGAAAUACAUCACAUCGUAUGGCGAGCGCCCAAAUGAUGUCGAUGCUGUUGUGGGUUACUUUAAAGCGCAUUUUACCCAAGUCCAUACACGAAACAACGAAAGCCAGCGAGUGCUUUAUACCCACCUGACGAGUGUGGUCGAUACCAAGGCCAUGCAGAGCAUCAUUUCCAAUGUCCGCGACUCCAUUUUCCGGGACUAUCUUAAAUCCGCCGCACUGGUGUAA